AUGGACGUGGACAUGGUCGUGGACGUGGACGUGGACGUGGACGUGGACGUGGACAUGGACGUGGACGUGGACGUGGACAUGGACGUGGACGUUAACGUGGACGUGGACGUGGACAUGGACGUGGACGUGGACGUGGACAGGGACGUGGACAGGGACGUGGACGUGGACGUGGACAUGGACGUGGACAGGGACGUGGACGUGGACAGGGACGUGGACGUGGACGUGGACGUGGACGUGGACGUGGACAUGGACGUGGACGUGGACGUGGACAUGGACGUGGACAUGGACGUGGACGUGGACGUGGACAUGGUCGUGGACGUGGACGUGGACGUGGACGUGGACGUGGACAUGGACGUGGACGUGGACGUGGACGUGGACGUAGACAUGGACGUGGACGUGGACGUGGACGUGGACGUGGACAUGGGCGUGGACGUGGACGUGGACGUGGGACGUGGACACGUGGACGUUGACGUGGUGGACGUGGACGUGGACGUGGACAUGGACGUGGACGUGGACGUGGACGUGGACGUGGACAUGGAUGUAGACGUGGACGUGGACGUUGACGUGGACGUGGACAUGGUCGUGGACGUGGUCGUGGACGUGGACGUGGACAUGGUCGUGGACGUGGACGUGGACGUGGACGUGGACAUGGUCGUGGACGUGGACGUGGACGUGGACAUGGACGUGGACGUGGACAUGGUCGUGGACGUGGACGUGGUCGUGGACGUGGACGUGGACGUGGACAUGCACAUGGACGUGGACGUGGACGUGGACGUGGAACGUGGACGGACGUGGACAGGGGACGUGGACGUGGACGUGGACAUGGACGUGGACAGGGACGUGGACGUGGACAGGGACGUGGACGUGGACGUGGACGUGGACGUGGACAUGGACGUGGACGUGGACGUGGACAUGGACGUGGACAUGGACGUGGACGUGGACGUGGACAUGGUCGUGGACGUGGACGUGGACGUGGACGUGGACGUGGACAUGUACGUGGACAUGGACGUGGACGUGGGCGUGGACAUGGACGUGGACGUGGACGUGGACGUGGACGUGGACGUGGACAUGGACAUGGACAUGGACGUGGACGUGGACGUGGACGUAAACAUGGACGUGGACGUGGACGUGGACAUGGACGUGGACGUGGACGUGGACGUGGACGUCGACUUGGACGUGGACGUGGACGUGGACAUGGACGUGGACGUGGACGUGGACAUGGACGUGGACGUGGACGUAGACAUGGACGUGGACGUGGACGUGGACGUGGUCGUGGACGACGUGGACGUGGUCGUGGACCUGGACGUGGACGUGGUCGUGGACGUGGACGUGGUCGUGGACGUGGACGUGGUCGUGGACGUGGUCGUGGACGUGGUCGUGGACGUGGACGUGGACGUGGACAUGGACGUGGACAUGGACGUGGACGUGGACGUGGACAUGGACGUGGACGUGGACGUGGACUUGGACGUGGACGUGGACGUGGACGUGGACGUGGACGUGGACGUGGACGUGGACGAGGACGUAGACGUGGACGUUGACGUGGUGGACGUGGACCGUGGACGUGGACACUUGGACGUGGACGAGGACGUGGACACGGACGUAGACGUGGACGUUGACGUGGUGGACGUGGACGUGGACGUGGACUUGGACAUGGACGUGGACGUGGACGAGGACGUGGACGUGGACAUAGAUGUAGACGUGGACGUGGAUGUGGACGUGGACGUGGACAUGGUCGUGGACGUGGUCGUGGACGUGGACGUGGACAUGGUCGUGGACGUGGACGUGGACGUGGACAUGGUCGUGGACGUGGACGUGGACGUGGACAUGGUCGUGGACGUGAACGUGGACGUGGUCGUGGACGUGGACGUGGACGUGGACGUGCACAUGGACGUGGACGUGGACGUGGACGUGGACGUGGACAUGGACGUGGACGUGGACGUGGACGUGGACGUGGACGUUGACGUGGACGUGGACGUGGACGUGGACGUGGACGUGGACGUGGACGUGGACGUGGACGUGGUCGUGGACGUGGACGUGGACGUGGACGUGGACGUGGACGUGGACGUGGACGUGGACGUGGACGUGGACGUGGACGUGGACGUGGACGUGGACGUGGACGGACGUGGACGUGGACGUGGACGUGGACGUGACGUAGACAUGGACGUGGACGUGGACGUGGACGUGGACAUGGGCGUGGACGUGGACGUGGACGUGGGCGUGGACGUGGACGUGGACGUGGACGGGGACGUGGACGUGGACAUGGACAUGGACGUGGACGUGGACGUGGACGUGGACGUGGACAUGGUCGUGGACGUGGACGUCGACGUCGACGUGGACGUGGACGUGGACGUGGACAUGGAUGUGGACAUGGACGUGGACAUGGACGUGGACAUGGACAUGGACGUGGACAUGGACGUGGACAUGGACGUGGACGUGGACGUGGACGUGGACAUGGACGUGGACAUGGAUGUGGACGUGGACAUGGACAUGGACGUGGACAUGGACGUGAACGUGGACAUGGACGUGGACAUGGACGUGGACGUGGACACGGACGUGGACGUGGACAUGGACGUGGACGUGGACAUGGACGUGGACGUGGACGUGGACAUGGACAUGGACUUUGACAUGGACGUGGACAUGGACGUGGACGUGGACAUGGACGUGGACAUGGACGUGGACGUGGACGUAGAUGGACGUGGACAUGGACGUGGACGUGGACGUAGAUGGACGUGGACAUGGACGUGGACGUGGGACGUGGACAUGGACGUGGACAUGGAUGUGGACGUGGACGUGGACAUGGACGUGGACAUGGACGUGGACAUGGACAUGGACGUGGACGUGGACGUAAACAUGGACGUGGACGUGGACGUGGACGUGGACAUGGACGUGGACGUGGACGUGGACGUGGACGUAGACGUGGACGUGGACGUGGACGUGGACUUGGACGUGGACGUGGACGUGGACGUGGACGUGGACGUGGACAUGGACGUGGACGUGGACGUGGACAUGAACGUGGACGUGGACAUGGACAUGGACAGGAACGUGGACGUGGACGUGGACAUGGACGUGGACGUGGACGUAGACGGUCACGUGGACGUGGACGUGGACAUGGACGUGGACAUGGAUGUGGACGUUGACGUGGACAUGGACGUGGAAAUGAACGUGGACGUGGACGUGGACGUGGACAUGGACGUGGACAUGGACGUGGACAUGGACGUGGACAUGGACGUGGACAUGGACGUGGACAUGGACAUGGACGUGGACGUGGACGUGGACAUGGACGUGGACGUGGACGUGGACGUGGACGUGGACGUGGACGUGGACGUGGACGUGGACGUGGACGUGGACGUGGACGUGGACAUGGACGUGGACGUGGACAUGGACGUGGACGUGGACAUGGACGUGGACGUGGACAUGGACGUGGACAUGAACGUGGACGUGGACAUGGACGUGGACGUGGACGUGGACGUGGACGUGGACGUGGACGUGGACAUGGACGUGGACGGGGACGUGGACGUGGACGUGGACGUGGACGUGGACAUGGACGUGGAUGUGGACGUGGAGGACUUGGACGUGGACAUGGACGUGGACGUGGACGUGGACGUGGACGUGGACAUGGACGUGGACGUGGACGUGGACCUGGACGUGGACAUGGACGUGGAGAUGGACGUGGACGUGGACAUGGACAUGGACAUGGACGUGGACGUGGACGUGGAGGACUUGGACGUGGACGUGGACGUGGACGUGGACGUGGACGUGGACGUGGACGUGGACGUGGACGUGGACGUGGACAUGGACGUGGACGUGGACGUGGACAUGGACGUGGUCGUGGACGUGGACGUGGUCGUGGACGUGGACGUGGACGUGGACGUGGACGUGGACGUGGACGUGGACGUGGACGUGCAUAGGGACGUGGACAUGGACGUGGACAUGGACGCGGACGUGGACGUGGACAUGGACGUGGACGCGGACGUGGACAUGGACGUGGACGCGGACGUGGACGUGGACGUGGACGUGGACGUGGACGUAGACGUGGACGUGGACAUGGACGUGGACGUGGACAUGGACAUGGACAUGGACGUGGACGAGGACGUGGACGUGGACAUGGACGUGGACUGGACGUGGACGUGGACGUGGACAUGGACGUGGACGUGGACGUGGAGGACUUGGAACGAGGACGUGGACGCUGACGUGGACGUGGACGUGGACAUGGACGUGGAUGUGGACGUGGACGUGGACGUGGAUGUUGACUUGGAUGUGGUCGUGGACGUGGACGUGGACGUGGACUUGGACGUGGACGUGGACUUGGACGUGGACGUGGACGUGGUCGUGGUCGUAGACGUGGACGUUGAGGUGGUGGACGUGGACGUGGACGUUGACGUGGACGUGGUCGUGGACGUGGACAUUGACGUGGUGGACGUGGACGUGGACGUGGACUUGGACGUGGACUUGGACGUGGACGUGGACGUGGACAUGGACGUAGACGUGGACGUUGACGUGGUGGACGUGGACGUGGUCGUGGACGUUGACGUGGUCGUGGACGUGGACGUAGACGUGGUGGACGUGGACGUGGUCGUGGACGUGGACGUGGACGUGGUGGUGGACGUGGACGUGGACGUGGACGUGGACGCGGUCGUGGACGUGGACGUGGUCGUGGACGUGGACGUGGACGCGGUCGUGGACGUGGACGCAGUCGUGGACGUGGACGCGGUCGUGGACGUGGAUGUGGACGUAGACAUGGACGUUGAUGUGGACGUGGACGCGGACGUAGACGUGGACGUGGACCUGGACGUGGUGGACGUGAACGUGGACGUGGACCUGGACUUGGACGUGGACAUGGACGUUUAG